AUGGAAAAUAUGGUUGCCAAACUUAUUGAAAAAGCAACUCUGGUUGAUGAAAACUUUUUAAAUUCAUUGAUUAGGCAACAGAAAAAUGUCGUUGAAGACACUGUCAUUUACAAAAAACUUGAUCAAGAUUUAUUGUCACUACUACCUUCUUUAGAAAAAGAACAAACCGUUCUAUUUCCAAAGCAUUUGGAAAGACUAGUUCAACAAUAUAGUAUGAAAAGUGAUGUUCAAUGUUUGUUUGGAUGCUUUGAAAAUGUAGAUCUAGCUUACUUUGUGAUCAAUUAUAGUUUAUUUAUUUGGGAAUACGGCAAAGAUAAUCAAGAGUUGGCUAUUGGACACCUAGAAGUCAAUUUAGAUGAAGAUAAAAUCAUAAAAAGUGUUGGAAUUUUUAAACCUAAACCUAAUAGUUGGGUUGGCGAUGCACAAUAUGUUUUAGUUGUAGUUACGGACAAAUCAAUAUAUGUGUUUGGUUUGAGUAUAAAAAAUAACGAUAGUAUGCUUUUUCACAUUUUGUCGUCAGUAAAACAUAGAGCCAGCUAUAGUGGCAAGGAUAUUGGAUCAAUUGUGGGUAUGGAAGAUGGUAGAAUUUUUUUAAUAGACAAUGGUGAAUUGUGUGAAUUGGUAUAUGAAGAAUCCAGUUGGCUUUUACCGUCAAGGUUUUUUAAUUCACUGAUACGACCUCUGGUUACAACAGAUCAUUCAGACUUUAAGUUGUGUGUCGUUGACGAGACACGUAAUAUGAUUUAUGCAAUGUCAGAAGAUUAUAUUCAGGCAUAUUAUGUGACUAAAGAUAAGAAAAACAAUUUAGUCUCUGUAGGAAGGUUUUAUUUAAAUGACAAUCAGGAAUUAGAUGGAACUUUCAUUUCAAUAUGCCCAAUAUUAAAUACUGAUUCGCCAUAUUUUUGGUUAUUAGCCAUCACAAAUAGAGGGUAUCGUGGUUAUUUUACAUGUUAUACUGAUGGUGAUUCAUGGCCACCUUCUAAUGUAUCUGUCGAAGAAUUAAGGAGAAAAAAACCUAAUGGUUUAUAUUUGGUUGAAUCACACAAACCACCAGAAGAAAUUUUGCAAAAGUUUCAACAAAAACUAAUUUCAACGUCUAUUAAAUGCAAAUAUUUUCAUGAAACUCUUUUCAUAAUAGAGUCGGAUGAUAUUCAUCAACAUUAUCAAUUAUCGUGUAUAUAUCCUAAUCAUGGAUUAAUUCUAAAGUAUUUAGAUACAUCACGCAAUCAAUCAUAUUUUUCAGAAUAUUUCUUUACCAUGUCUUCUAAAAAAAUUUAUGACAUAAAAGAAAUUUAUGAUCCGUUAUAUAAUCCAAAGAAUUUUAACGAGUAUCCGUGUGAUUUGAUUAGUCAAUACUUUAUUCCUUCACGAAAAUUUCUUUUUUAUACAUCAGAGGGGAUAGAAAUUUGGACCAAGAAGAUGCCUGUUGAACAAUUAAAAGACCUAUUCGCAAAGAAUGCUGGUACGCAACUAUUAAAUGAUUUUCGUGAAAACUAUCAACAUAUAGAGAUAUGCUCAAUGUGUUUCUUAUUAACAAAUGAUGAGGAUUCUAACAGAUUAUUAAAUUUCUACAAACCACGAAAUUAUCAUUUAUAUUUUGGUUUCGUCUUAUUUUUAUCAAGAACGCUUAGACCUAUUUGGAAAAAAAAAGUUCUUAGAAAAGUUUUCAAUGGAAAUAUUUUGGAAAGCGUAGAUGCAAACAUUCCAAAAGAAAUUCUUGUUAGCAUAGAAAAUAAAUUGAAAAGGGUGAAACGAUUUUGUGAUAAUUAUUCAUAUUUAGCUCAAAAAAAAUCUCCGCCAUUAUCAAGCUUAUUAUCGACUCCGAAUCUAUUAUCAUCAUCACCAUCAUUAGUGCCUUUAUUGCAAAUAUUAGACAGAGAUGAAAAUCCUUCAACUACACAACAGCAGAAACAAGAUUAUUCUUUUCCUGAAUCAAAAGAUCUCGACGAUUUUCUUUGUAUAAUUUCCAACGCUAUUUCAUUUAUAAUAUUGAUGAUUGAUUAUGGUUUGCCAAAAACUUUUGAAAAAAUUCCAGAAAGUUCACAAAAGGUCAUCAUUGAUUCAACAUAUGACCAAUUAAUCCUUGAUGAGGAAGUGAGGAAGUGUUGGCACGAUCUGCCUCUAGCCAUAAUCAAACGUUCAACUAACAUGCAAUCUAAAGAAUUAUACAAUAAUCUAAAAAAUAGAUGUGGAAUGUAUUGUGAUGAAUUCGAAUGUUCUUUGUAUGAAGGUUAUGAUAUGUUACAAAGAUUCAAGAAAUCCAAAAAUAUCAUCAGCAGCAGCAGUGGUGGUGAUGAUCUUUUGCAGAAUUCAUUGAAAAAAUUGUCAAAUUGUUGGGAAAUUAUAACAUUUGGUACGUUGGUUGAUAUAUGUCAAGAAUACAGAGAUUUAGAUUUUUAUGAAGGAGCUAUGGAUUUAUUGAUUACAGAGUUAACCUCAACAACUAAAGGACAAUUAAAAAGUCAACGAAAUCUACUAAUUAGAUUGAUAAUUGAUACAUUAAAAGAUGCUGAAAAUGAUGACAAAGAAUUAAUAUUUGUAAUUUAUGAUGAGUUUUUAAAAUCAAAUACUAUUCAAAAACUUUUUGAUCAACCAACACCAUCCCUCCAAGAAUAUUUAAAAUCAUCAAUGAAUGAGAGCCUAACUUCGAUUCAUGUAUUAAAAAAAACAAAAGCAUUAAGCAAAUUUUGUAUUAUUCAUCAUCAAUAUAUCGAGGCAGCUGAGGUUCUGAUUCGAUUAGCCGAAACAACAACAUAUGAAAAAUUGAAAUUACAUGAGCGAACAUCAUAUUUAAUUAAAGCGAGACAACAAAUUAUAAACGCGAUUGAACUGUAUGGUAGUAGGGGCGAUGAGAAUAGUAUCAAGUUAAACGAUUUAUUAGAAAGAUAUUGGGGAUACCAGAGAAUGAUUACAACACCAAAGCAAGAAAAAUUGUUAUACGAUUUUGUUUUACCGUAUGAAUUGUUUGAACAAGAAUUGGAAUUGAUACGUUUGAUUGAUAAAACACCGAGUCCCGCGGUGUUGGAAAAAAUAUGGAGAAAAAUUAUGGAGAAUGCAGUAAAUGUUGCCUAUGCAACUGGAUCUUUGGAGCCAAUAUCUACAAAAAUAAUAGAAGCUGCAACAACAAUAUUACCACCAUCAUAA